AUGCCUUCCAUCCUUCUCAUCAACGGGCCCAACCUCAACCUUCUUGGCACCCGAGAACCUCACCUUUACGGCCGCACCACCCUCCCGCAACUGGAAGACAAUGCAAAAGCCCUGGCGGCAGCGAAAGGUGUGAAACUGGAAUCUUUCCAUUCCAACCACGAGGGACGAAUCAUCGACCGCAUCCAUGAAGCCCGUGGGCACACCGAUGCGAUUAUCAUCAAUCCCGGCGCGUUCACGCAUACUAGUGUCGCAAUUCGAGAUGCACUGAUCGGCGUGUCUGUUCCGUUUAUCGAGGUGCAUAUUACCAAUGUGCACGCGAGGGAGGAGUUCCGGCAUCAUAGUUAUCUCUCUGAUAAGGCUGCUGCUUGUAUCAUUGGAUUGGGGACUUACGGGUAUGAGGCUGCGAUUGAGUAUGCGGCGAGGGAGAUUAUCAGUGCCAAGGAGGUAUAUUAG